UUUGUUCUCCCGCAGGAGGGCGUUCCGCUGUAGAUCACGCAAAACACGCACACAGACAGAGCGAGCUGCAGUAAUGCCGGUGUGUGCGGACACUGCUUCACAUUCAGACGCUGUCCAAGCUUAGGUUCGCGUCCCCAAAGCUUGCUCCAGUAGCCAGGGACCGGAGAAGGAUAGGGGGCGGCCUUCCCUUUGUCUGCCCGUCCUGGAGGUGCCUCUGCCGGGGGAGAGGAGACGGAGGAGGCCGGGGCUCGGAGACAUGAUGGAGGCUAAGCGAGGGAGCUGCAGGACGGUAAUGGUCUAAUCCUUAUAAAGUGUUGGUAACCCUAGAAUGGAUCCUGCUAAUAUCGGAGGGGAGAUGUCGCCUUUGUGUGUGCCAAGAAAGAGAAAGUCGGUUCAGUCUCAACCAAAAAGAGGAGUGCCAUGUCCCGUUGUUCAGCGAUUACCAGAAAGAUACAAUAAGAAUGACGAGUCUCAACAACAACAAGCUGUAAAGAUGAAAAGAACUUACGGUAGAAAAAGGUUCGAGGACCUUCAGAGCGUUUCCAUAGCAACAGUGGAAUACCCGACCACCAGCUGCUCUGUGAUGUCAUCAGGCAGCCUGGCCAAUGGGGCGGAUCCAGGCUCCAUGGCCCCGCCCUCUGCCAGACUGCCCCCCCGAAUGGUGGCGAAGGAAUCGUGGCCCCAGGGCCCCGACGCCAGCAGGGACCAGGACCAGAGCUGGACCCCCGGCAGGGACCGGGCCCCCAGCGACGCCUGGGCCCCCGGCAGGGAUCGGCCCCAGGAGCAGGUCUGGAGCUCCGGCAGAGACAGAGCGGGACACUCCAGUCAGGACCAGACCUGGAUCCCAGGCAGGGACAGAGCUCAGAUGGGGCCGGACCAGGCCUGGAUGUCGGGUCGGGACAGAGGGCCCGAGCAGGCCUGGGCGGCCGGCAGGGACCGGGGCCAGGAUCAGGCCUGGAACGCCGGCAGGGAUCCGGGGAGAGACAGAGGCCCGGCAGCAGAUCAGACGUGGGGGACGAAUCGAAGUCAAGAGCAGAGCUGGAGCAACACGAGCAGAGACAGAGGAAACGUCUGGAGACCCGAAUACAACAUGAAGAAAGUCCAGAGAGCAGAGAUGGAGAGAAGCUCAGCUGUUAAUAACUUCCCUCAACCUCCAGAAGCCCGAGAGUCCUGUUCAGACGCAGUCGGCGGAGGAGCCCAGAACAAUCCUGAGGCUUCUACGUCUCAGCCCAGCGCGGAGCAGAAACCAGCCGUCAUCUCCUCCAAGAAGGAGCCGAUUACUUAUCCUCCAGGAAGUCAAGAGGAGCGCUGGCAGCUGCAGAUUGUGGCUAAAGGAAGAGUCACAUGUCCUAAAUGUAAAAGUGUGAGCAGGAAGACAGUAGAAGGACUGAAGAAGCACAUGGAGAACUGCAGACUGCAACCGUUCACCUGUCAGCACUGUGGGAAACAGCUCAAGUCUUCAACGGGGAUGAAGUAUCACAUCAUGGCCGACCACAGCCACCUGCCGUCAGCAGAAGACGUCAAGGACCUGGACGACCGCGCCAUCAAAGACAAACUACGUAAAAUCCUGAAGAGACUCGGAAAAUUAAAAUGCUCCAAAGAGGGCUGUACCGCGGCCUUCACCAGCAUCAUGGGAUACGUUUACCACAUGAAGAAGUGCGGUAAAGAGGAGUCUGAGCUGGAGAAGAUGCUGCUCAACUGUUCUCACUGCGGGAAAACAUACAAGUCCAAAGCCGGUCUGGAAUACCACCUUAAAUCAGAGCAUGCGCCUAUGCCGAUGAAGACCGAGGAAGACGAGGCGCUGAAGGCUGAGAGCGAAGUCAAACCUGAGAUGACGGCCAGCGGACGGGUGCAGCGAGCCUCGGCGCAGGUGGCCAACUUCCACCUGGCUGAGAUCGCCAACAACGACCUGCCCAAAGACUGGCCCAAGAGGAAGUUCCAGUCAGACCUGGUGCCCGACGACAAAAAGUUAAAAUACGCCCGACCAGGCCUUCCCGCCUUCAGCCAGGAAGUGCUGAGGAAGUGGAAGAAUGAGGUGAAGCUGCAGAGGAAAGUUCACUGUCCCAACCAGGGUUGUGGCUCCACUUACACCAGCGUGUCCGGACUAAAAGCUCAUCUGGGUCUCUGCACAAGGGGCGACUUUGAGGCUGGAAAAUACAGAUGUCUGAUCUGCAAUAAAGAGUUUAACUCAGAGAGUGGAGUGAAAUACCACAUCAACUCUGUCCAUUCACAGGAUUGGUUUGUGACGAACAAAAAAGCUUCCAAGAAAUUUGAGAAGUUCCUCAAAAACCAGCCGAAGGAGUUCAUGCACAACAUGGACAAUCCCAUCAUGAAUCAGUACAACCAUCACCACCACCUCCAGCAUCAUCAUCACCACCAGCAGCAGCAGCAGCAUCACCACCACCACCAUCAACACCAUCAACACCACCAACACCACCAUCAGCACCACCACCAUCAGCAGCAGCAGCAGCCCAUGCAGCUGCAACCCAUGCAGCACCCUCUGCAGCCGCUGCAUCACCUCCAUCACCACACCCAGAUCCACCAUCCAGAGCACCAGAACCUCGCUCCGCAGGUGGACUCCCAGCUCCAGCAGCAGCCGAUACUCCAAUACACUCCUCUGGAGCCUCCGCCGGGGCCGUUGUGGGUGGAUAUGGACCGGAGGGAAGCGGUGCCGGGACCAGAGCAGGCCCCGUUGGAGAUGGAGCUGGCUGAGGUGGAGAAACCUGAAGAUCACGUUGUUGACGGUGGUGACAUUGUCACCUGCAGUGUUGAGAUGGAGGAGGGGAACAGGAGAGAGAAGAGGGAGAGAGGGAAGGCUGGUGUGAGGCGGAAGGAUUGCUUUGCUUUCGCUGGUCCUGGAGGAGGUGCAGGAGGAGGAGCAGGAGGUGCAGGAGGAGGCAGCAACAGUAGCAGUAGCAGCAGCAAUACCGGCAGCUCCUCCAGCGAAUCGGAGGUGGAUCAGCAAGAGCGGCAAAGACAAAUCGAGCAGUGGAACCUGAAGCGGCCGGUCGUCGUCAUGGAGGUAAACCACGUGGCUGCAAAACGACAAAGGAACACUUAAAAAAAAAACACUUUACUUUAAAACACAUCGACUGGUUUCAGCCGAUUUUUAAGCAUCCGCGUGGCGUUGGUCAGUCCGUUGGCCCACGCUCGAUCCGCCGCGACAAAUGUGACAAAGACGAAGAUUAUAAACCUCUUCGUUUUCUUUGAGGAACUGAGACGAACAGGUGAGAGAAGGCAGCUCAUGACGGGAGAUACGACUCGAAAACUUCAAGGUGUCAGUGUGGAUAUAUAAGAAUAUUAUUAUUAUAUUAUAUAUAUAUAUAUAUAUAUACAUUUCUGGGUUUAGAGGCUGUUUCUCUUUCUC